UACCUGAGGACCUGGAUUUUCUUUGUUCAUCUUCAUCCCUCUGCCCUCUCCGAAAACCCUAAUUACAGGUGUUUGUUCUUCUCUCUUUUCGGAUGAUAAAUCAUAACAAGAUCAGAUGUAGUGCACAGUUGGUCUUUGUGGAGUUAUUGGGGGUUUAAGGGAGGUACAUAAUCAGAGGAGGAAAAAUGGAGGCUAAUAUAUGCGACGUUAAUCAUUUGGAUGCCGAUGUCCUUUUGCCUCCUCGAAAGCGCCUGCUUGCUGGAUUGAAGAAACAGGGUUCAGACUCUGAUGGUUCUUUGCUCCUGUCUCUAGCUGCUUCCACAUCCGCAUCCGGAUCUGCAUCCACAUCCGCAUCCGCAUCUGCAUCUGCUCCUCCUCCAUCCUCUCCUUCCUCAAGUGAAUUUGAUAUCCGUCUUAGCAAUCUGUUGAGUUCUCAUAACAGCAACCUUUCUCCUGUGGAGAUUGUAGAGGCCUCGAAAUCUGCAGCAGCUGCUGCAGCCAAGGCCGCAGAAGCUGCCAGAGCUGCUGCUGAAGAGAAGGCUGCAGUGGCUGCUAAGGCAGUGGCUGCUGCAAAGAGUGCUUUGGAUUUGGUUGCCUCUUUCUCCGAGGAAGCAGCCUGCAAGGAAAGACACCUGAAAAAGAACAAGCUAAAAAAGCAUGUCCCAGUUCAGCUCUUGUACAAAAAAUACCAGCCUAUUGAGAAUUGUAAGAAAGACGAGGAAUUGGCUCGCAAGUUGCACAGAGCUAUAAACAGCUCCCCAAGAAUAUCAAAGAAUUCUUCUGGUUCUGAUGGCAAGGGCCAUAAACACAAGAAGCCCAAAAUCUCAUCCAGUUCUGAGAAAACAAGAGUUUCAAAUGGGGGUGUGGUAUUGGAGCAAACCCCUGCAUCUACUAGUAAUGGACAUGCGGCAGCAGGCGAGGUCAACCUUGAAAGUCCCACCCGAGAGUCGCACAAGAAUAAAGUAGAUGAGAACACGUGUACAUAUGAUAGAGCUGGACAAUCAGAUAUAGAUAAUGGGGAAGCAGUAUUUGGCCAGCCAGAGGAAAAAACUUGGGACGAUACGUUGGCUGGUGGUAAAAAGAGAGGAAGAGUGAAGCUAAAGAAGUUGCCGUUAAGCACGUGCGCAUUCAGGGACCAAGCGAAUCCCAAAGAAGAGGCGGCGGAUAUUAGAAAAACGCCAUUGACUGAUAUGAACAUGGGCAAUCCUACUGCUGGUAAUAUUCCUUUGUUUUCCAUGGAGCCUUCGGCAGACAACGUGAUGCCACAAGAGGCGAAAUCAGUUUGGAAAUUUCAGGAGUUUAAGGGACCUGAAUGUGUAAAACAAAAUAAAGUGAUGCAGUCAUAGUGUCCAAUUCCUAUUGUGGCUGACAUAUGGCUACAAAGAUGAUAUAUAAGUUGGUAGCUGAGUUAGGAUUCAUGAUGUUGUUCUUCUUACAGAAACGGCUUUCUUUCAUUUUUUUUUUUCUUUUUUUAUUUUGUUCGCUUUGGCUUUGUAAUGGACGUGGACUGACUAAAUGUAAAUUUAGAUGUUUAAUUGCUUGUAUCCAUGUUUUUACGAUACAAAAUUUCCUUUGUUGAGAU